UACCAGACAUUGUUUCUGUAGGAGGUACCUCUUUGUCAGGAAUACUUCAUAUUCAUGGGGUAGAGAAUGUGACAAUUUUCCCACAAUACAAUCCAAGGUUAGCAUAUGACGACAUUGCAAUAUUGGAAUUAGACCGAAAUGUAAGUUAUCCACCUGUUUGCCUAUGGAACUGUAGCGAAGAUCUUAAUACCACCGAUGCUACGGCAAUUGGAUAUGGCCUAACAGAAUUUGCUGGAAUGGGAUCGGAGCAUCUGUUAAAAGUCAACUUGACCAUAUUUCCAUCUGAAUAUUGUGCACCUUUUUUCAAACGACAAAGAAAAUUCAAAUCAGGACUUACAGAUUCUCAAAUCUGUGCUGGUGAUAGAGAUGGAAAUAAAGACACAUGUCAGGGUGACUCUGGUGGACCACUUCUUACUAAACAUAACGGUCGAAAUUUUGCUAUCGGCGUAACAUCUUCCGGGCAAGCCUGUUCCGGAUUUCCACCAGCAAUUUAUACAAAAAUUCAGCCAUACUUAGGAUGGAUAAGAAAAGUGCUUGACGGACGAGGAGAGUCCUUACUAGAAUGUGAUUGCGACUUAAAGGAUCAAAAUUUUGCUGAGGGUGGACUUCUUGCAAUGGCAAUAGAAAAAAUAUUGGGAUGGAAAUGAAGAAAUCAAAUAAAUUUCGA